ACAAACUACUUGGCCACACCUCCAGGAAGUAAGGAGCACCUGACUGACAAGCUCACAUUUCAUGCACGUAUUUCAACCACCUUUGAGUUUAUAACUUAUUAUAAAAUAAUUAAUAUCGCUCUCCUGCGCAUGUUUCAUUGACUUAAUUAGUUUUUAACUAGUAGUCAGAAGUCACCGGCUCCAUGGCCAGUUCUUUCCCGAGUGUGUCGGAGCUGGCAGUGGGGGCUCGGCGGCUGUACGCGCAGGUGUUCGGGGAGGAGGCUCCGCACACAGCCGUGUGUGCUCCCGGGAGAGUGAACCUGAUAGGAGAGCACACCGACUACAACCAAGGCUUCGUGCUGCCGAUGGCACUGCCCCUGGUGACUGUGGUGGUAGGGAGUCAAACAUCUGGCCGGGAUGUGACCGUGGUAACAGCGACUGAGGAUGCUGAUGAGCCCUACAGAGUGGACUUCAGCCUGCCUGCUGAUGGGUCCCCGCUGGCUCCAGGGUUACCUCGCUGGGCCAACUACGUGAAGGGCGUUAUAGGGCAUUACAGGGCUCCUCCUGUACCUGGGUUCAGGGCGGUGAUAGCCAGCAGUGUCCCCCUGGGGGGCGGCCUGUCCAGCUCUGCCUCUCUUGAAGUGGCAUUCUACACAUUCCUGCAGCAACUCAAGCCAGAUGACGGAGACAAGGUUUCCAAAGCGGUGGCCUGUCAGCAGGCAGAGCACACUCACGCUGGAGUCCCGUGCGGCAUCAUGGAUCAGUUUGUGUCUGUUCUGGGCAGGGAGGGCCAUGCUCUGCUCAUCGACUGCAGGUCACUGGAGGCCACCCCCGUCCCUCUGGCAGAUCCAGGCCUGCUCAUACUCAUCACCAACUCCAACGUGAAGCACUCUCUGAGCGGCAGCGAGUACCCCAUGAGGCGCAGGCGCUGUGAGGAGGCCGCCUCCAUCCUGGAGAAGAACAGUCUGAGAGAAGCCACCAUGAAGGACCUGGAGGAGGCCAGCGGCAGACUGGAUGAAGUGACCUUCCGCAGAGCGCGUCAUGUGAUCGAGGAGAUCCAGAGGACCGUCCAGGCUGCUGAAGCUCUGAGGAGAGGAGCCUACAAAGAGUUCGGCAAGCUGAUGGUGGAGAGCCACAACUCCCUGAGAGACCUGUAUGAGGUGAGCUGCAGGGAGCUGGAUGAGCUGGUAUCUGCAGCCCUGGAGGUGGAAGGGGUGUAUGGCAGCCGGAUGACGGGUGGAGGAUUUGGGGGAUGCACCGUGACCCUGCUGCAGGCCAGCGCUAUCGACAGGACCAUACUCCACAUACAGGAGCGAUACAGUGGAUCCCCGACCUUCUACGUCACAACUCCUUCAGAGGGAGCUCGGGUUCUCAGUCUGCCCUGACCUUCAUCAACACAUCUCUGACUCAUUCCACUUUCAUACUGUAUAGCAUUUCAUAUAUAUUUUUUUUUUUCAAUCAUCACUAUUAAAAUGACAUGUUGUUUUGGAUAUUGAGCUGGUUGAAAAAGCAUCAAGGUUAUGUAGGAACAUUUGUAGUCCACUCUCAGCAUUCUUAGCAAUUUUAUUUUCAGCAGCAACAUAUGCAUGAAACAAGAAAAAAGGGCUUUAAUAAAAUCACUGUGCACUACCAGCUUAGCAGCAGACAGCAAAACAUAGUGGAGCAUUAAUAGCUAGACAUUUUUUCUCAGGAGUUGUUGAAGACAAAAAUCAGGUAAAGUGAAUCUAAAUAAUGUUUCAACACUUAUCAGGACUCACACCUGUGAUGAUAAUGUUUUUUCAGUAUGCAUGUGUAAUAGGAAAUUGUCUAAUCACAAAAGCCAGAAUGACUUUGUAAGGCAAUAAACAUAUCAGGAAUAUG